ACGCAUGCCAUGCUUUGUGGAGAUUCUGGGCGCGUCGUCCUGCAUGUUUAGGAGUGUAAUAGCUCACCAAGUUGCCAUUUCACGAUAUUGUACUCCUUCAUUAAAUAAUUCAAUUAACAUUACCUGAAGUUCGAAUUAAUGUGGCUCUUGAAUACAGAGACGCUCUCGCUCGAGGCAUUUGGCGAAGCAGAAGUGCGGGAGCGCCCAUACGCGAUACUUUCUCAUACGUGGGGAACUGAAGAGGUCCUUUUCCACGAGCUGCAAGGAGGCCGAGCCGCUGUAGAGCACAGGGCAGGAUGGACAAAAACGACCAGUUUUUGCGCCACGGCACUCGAGUGCGGAUUUGCGUAUGCGUGGAUGGAUACAUGCUGCAUCGAUAAACGGAAUAGCGCCGACUUAUCUGAAGCGAUUAAUUCUAUGAAUAAAUAUUAUUAUGACGCCGCGGUUUGCUUCAUACAUCUCGAAGAUGUACAAGUCGUCGCACAAUCAAUGGGCACGUUGGCAACACGGGAACAAUUAAUCGCUGGGGUGUGCGCUUCACGUUGGCUAACGCGGGGUUGGACACUGCAGGAAUUAGUAACACCAUGCCAACGACGCUUCUUCGCUGCUGAUUGGUCUGAAAUCGAUGGAGGAGUUGACUUGCUCGACGCCAUUGCCAAGUCGACAGAGAUUAGUAGGGCAUUGCUUGAGGAUAGGGACCAGGUCUUUGGUUUCUGCGUCGGGGAGCGAAUAAAAUGGAUAGCCAAACGGCAGACAACACGGGAAGAAGACAUGGCGUAUAGCCUUAUGGGUCUUUGCAAAGUCAAUAUGCCGGUUUUAUAUGGUGAAGGAGCAGCGAACGCAUUUGGGAGAUUACAGCGCGAGAUCAUGCAGUCGUCCUUCGAUAUGUCCAUUUUUGCGUGGCGUGGAGAUUAUGAAAGUAGUGGUCUCUUGGCUCAGUCUCCCGCUGAUUUUGCGACUGUCCCGCCGUUGCGGCUCUGGGCACCGUGGAGCCUUGCACCAUUCUCAAUGACCAACGUCGGACUCUCGAUUCGAGUGAACAUUACCGACGAGGAACAGAUACGCGUCCAAGGGAAUUUCAAGGAACCUCCGGAUGAUGGGCGACUCCUUGCGGCAUUGCAGUGUGAUGUGCAGACGCCAACGGGUCAAUGGCAAAUUCCCCUGAUUCAUCUGGAACCGGUGGAAAGUGCUACCUUUUUUGUUAAUGGUAAAAUUCGUAGGGCCUAUCGUAGGAUUCAAUGUGCGGAAUGGAUCACGAUUCCUUCUCAGCAACUUUCUGGCUGUCCUUAUAAAGAUGUCUUGGUCCUCCAGAAUGAGCAGUAUGAGCUAGUCCGGCGGGCCACGGAACAACACAUGUCACGGUGGAAGAAGAGAGGGGGAUAAAAAAGAAGGGACUCAACCAGGCGUAGAUGCAUUGAUACAUGGCUCCCUUGGUGUUUGUCGUUUAUUAGUACAUACAUGUGUUGUUCUAAAGUUUCGAAGUAUCGUGUUGAUUAUAUUAACUCCCUAAAUACUAUAGAAGUGGGUAAUUAACUCUAAGAAUUAAAGUUCUAGCCAGAGACUAAAGUUUGGCUUUUAUCUCGGUUAGUCAUCGGUACCUUCCCGCACGAUAGAUAACAUCGGUUAGGUUAUGCCGAUGGUUACACACAUAGUAAUACGAUCAUGUCGUCGGCGGCGUCUUACACUAGAUCGGUCAAAUUUGAGUUUGCAUAAACGUGGCUGUGUGUAUUAACCCUCGCGUAAUUUGUAUUCGACCGGUGUGAAGUUUUAAAGGAGAAACCACUAAGGAACAUAAAAACUGCCAGGCUUACGUACUUGCCUAAGGCGGUAAUGCAGGCUGCCA